UAUAACUACACAAAUAAUAUAAGCUAAGUAUGGAUUUUCUACCGUACUCCGGCCUCCUGCCAACCCUAUAUCUCAUCUUCCUCCUUUCCUCGUCAACUUGGAUUGUCUCCUCUGCAUUCGGCGUCCACAGUGACCUCCUCCUCUGCCUUCAUUCUCGAUAUACCACCACCACCUCGACCUCCAUGCCCGACCUGAUUCACACCCCACUCUCUGCCUCAUACCCCUCCGUUUUCCAGUUCUCCAUCCGGAAUUCCAGGUUUAACGACACCUCAGCUUCCAGGAAACCUAUAGCCAUCAUCACUCCUAACACCGUCUCCCAGGUGCAAUCCGCCGUCCUCUGCUCCCGCCUUCUCCACCUUCAUGUCAGAGUUCGGAGUGGCGGUCACGAUUUCGAAGGCAUGUCCUACGUUUCCUCUGCUCCCUCUCAGCCGUUUCUCCUUAUCGACUUGAUCAAUCUCCGAAACGUGACCGUGGACGUCCCAACCAAGUCGGCCUGGGUCCAAGCGGGAGCCGUUCUCGGUGAAGUCUACCAUAGUAUUGCCUCUGCCAGCGAGACACUGGCAUUCCCUGCAGGGAUCUGUCCUUCCGUCGGUGUCGGAGGGCAGAUCAGCGGCGGAGGGUACGGAAUGAUGCUGAGGAAGUACGGGAUGGCUGCGGAUAAUAUCCUUGACGCCCACUUGGUGGACGCGGAAGGCAGAGUCCUGGACAGAGCCGCCAUGGGGGAAGACGUUUUCUGGGCGAUUCGCGGCGGCGGAGGAAACACCUACGGAAUCAUCGUCUCCUGGAAAUUGAAAUUAGUCCCUGUCCCCGCCCGGCUGACGGGGUUCACGAUUUCCAAAACCUCGGAACGAAACGUGACGAAAGUCGUGGACAGGUACCAGCACGUGGCGGAUAAGCUCCCUGACGAACUCAUGAUCACGCUGAUGCUGAACAGAAUUCGUUCCACCGCUUCCCAAGGGCAAACCACAAUAGAAGCUGUGUUCCAGGGUCUGUAUCUGGGAGAAACAGAGACCCUGCUGACGGUGAUGAAACAGAGCUUUCCGGAGCUGGAACUGACACAAGAGGAAUGUACCGAGAUGAGCUGGAUUGAGUCAGCCCUCUACUUCGCUGGGUACCCAAAUAACACCUCCUAUCACGAAUUACUGAACAGCAGGAGCAGCUCCCCUGUCCAAUUCGACAAAGUGAAAGCGAAAUCCGACUACGUGCAGCGGAUGCUCCCGGCCAAGGCGUUGCAGGGGAUUUGGAAGAGGUUUUACCAAGUGGAACUGGGACCGCCGCUGAUGCAGAUCUUUCCCCACGGCGGGGAAAUGAGCCGGAUCUCAGAUUCCAGCAUCCCGUACCCGCACAGAUCCGGUAUCAUAUUCAAAAUCCAGUAUUAUGCGGUCUGGUCUGGAGAAGGGAAGGAAGUAGAGAAACGGCAAUUGGACUGGAUAAAAGGGCUUUAUAAAUUUAUGACGCCGUACGUUUCCAACAACCCAAGAGGCGCGUACCCCAACUCCAGGGAUCUGGACUUGGGAAUGAAUGAUCCGACGGGGAAUACGGGCUAUGAACAGGCCAGAGUUUGGGGGGAGCAGUAUUUCAAGCAUAAUUUUGAGAGGUUGGCUCGCGUGAAAGCCGCCAUUGAUCCCUCUAAUUUCUUCAGGAAUGAACAGAGUGUGCCUCCUUUUGUCAGGAUGACGGGCAGAGUAUAAUUUGGUGUUGUGAUUACAUGAUCGCCCAAUUUCCUAACCCAUCUGACCGCGUGUUCCUUAUGCUGAAGAACAAAGGAAAUCGACCUCG